AUGAAGUUCAUUAGUGUGUUGGCUGGUUUCGCAAUGACUCUAACUGUCAUCUACUGUUCUGCUGAUUCUGACGCUUGGGAGAACUACAAGAAAAAACACGGGAAGGAUUACAACAUAGCCGCGGAUGGUGGGAAGCAGGAUGCAAUGCGUAAGGAAUUGUUUCUCGACAAAACUCGGAUAAUCGAACAACACAACAGUGAAAAAUUUACGUCAUUCAAGCAAGAAAUCAACAAAUUUUCUGAUUUGUUGCCGGCAGAAAUGGCGAAAUACCUCGGCGUCAAAGCUUCUCUUGCUCCCCCCAUUUCGAUGAUGGGCUCUAUGAGCAGCGAUCUGUACAAUCACAGGCGACCUCCUAAUGCCAGAAAAAUGCAAUUUAAUUGUAAUAAUGUACUUGCACAGUGCGGAAGUUGCUGGGCAUUCGCUGCCAUCACUCCGCUCGAAUUUGCUAAAUGUAUGAAAUUUGGACGACCGGUUCGUUUGAGUGAGCAGCAACUUGUCGAUUGCGACAAACUCAAUGGCGGAUGCGACGGCGGUUGGUACACCUUGGCUUGGAUUUCCAUUUGGAGGGCAUGGGGAUCUGCUCACGAAUCGUUUUACCCUUACAACGCCCAGAAAAACACGUGCUCAUAUUCUUGGUUCAUGGCGCGUGCCAACGUGUUCACGUAUCGCUACGUUCCGGCCAACAACAUGUUGGCUAUGCAGCAAGCUAUUCAGAAGUACGGACCUAUUGCAACAGCUUUCACAGCUGUCGAUCCAUUCAGUUCUUACGCGGAUGGCGUAUACGACGACAGCGCGUGUGAUACGCAGCCUGUUAAUCACGCAGUCGUCAUCGUCGGCUGGGACACGCUCAACGGAGUGGACUAUUGGAUUGCACGCAAUUCGUGGGGCCCCAAUUGGGGCAAAAACGGAUACAUUUACGUGCAACGCGGCGUCAACAAAUGCAACAUUGAAAGUUAUCCUGCUUAUGUUUUGGCGUUCUGAGUGUCCUUU